AUGUUGGCUUCGGAGCACGAUCUUCUGGAUGAUUCGGUUUUUGAACCUCUUUUGCGAUUGAGCUUUUCGGGAGCUGUCACCUCGGCUCAUGCAUCACCACCAUGCCGGGAGUAUUCCAGGUGCAAGCUUAUCCGGCCUGGUCCGAAGCCUUUGCGCACCCCGGAACAUUUGGCAGGGGUCCCAGGUCUUUCUUCUUCUGAACAAGAGCGUGUGGACGCCAGCCGGACUUUGAUGGAGCGGGCCGUCGAGCUUCUGCACGCCACCUACAAGGCUGGCGGGCAUUUUAGCCUUGAAAAUCCAGCAAACAGCAUGCUUUGGCUGGAAGAAGCGGUCCGCAUUCUGCUUCAGAAGGCCAAUGCCGAUGUGCUUGUGGUAGCGGCUUGCGCUUACGGUUGGGAUAUCUCGAAACGCUGGGCUUUCGCUACCUCCUUUCGGGAUAUGCAGCGAUUGGCCAAGGAUUGUUCACAUGCUGAGGGCUCUCAUCGUCCUGUUGCAGGGGUUCGGGAUGAGUCCGGAGGUUAUGCCUCUCAACAGACAUCUGAGUUCCCCGCGAAGCUCGCGGAGGCGUAUGUAUCGGCCGCUCUCCCACUGUUUUCGACAUGCGAAAAUCCUUUGGAUGUCCAGCUGUCUCAGCUAUAUCAGCUAAUCCCUGCUAAAGGUCGCUUCGACAUGCCUUUCGCGCAUGACUGGUCUUUUCCCCCUAAUGGGACUGUUGACAGACUUCAGCAGGUCAGGCAUGCUCUGACGCAGAAGCUUUUUGAGUUGAAGGCCCCGAUUCGCUUGCGCGAACAUGUCCUGGCCAAGUCGGAUUCUCCAUUGUUCUCGGAGGGAGAGAUUGAAAGCUUUCGGGCCAUCUUUUCAGAGUUCUUGGUGGCCACGACGGGCCGUCCGGUGGACUGGUCUGUUCAACCUUUUCAGCCGUACACUCUCAAUGCACUUCAGCAACUGUCAGAGGCCUUGGAAGAUCCCGACGACACUCUGGAGAAAUUACGCGGCCUACUGAAUCCACUGCUGGUCGCGGGCCGAGUGGAGCUGAAGCUGAUCCAACAAGCUUUGGGCCUUCUUCAAUGGAUCACGCAACUUCACAAGGAGCUCCGUCCUUGGCUUUCCUCUUUAUACGAGGACAUUUCGAGGCCGCCGGGGACGUCCUUUUCCAUUGAGCCAUCUCGGUGGGGAUCGUUGGCUCCUUGCUUGUCAGAUGCGAUGGUUUUCAUCUCCACUCCAGCUGGCACGGCUAUCCCAGUGGGCUCUAAGCUGCUGAGUGCUCGGCACAUCGAACUGUGGAAGAAAUCGGAUUUGGCCAAAGUCCCGCUCACCUCCAAGCGGGUAUGGAUGAGGAUUGCGGAUCCUCAAUCUCGCUUUCGGCGCUUAUCUGUGCUGAGCAGGCGGGCGUAUGAGAAUUUGCGUACCAUCGUUCUGCGACAAUUCUGGUGGGAUGGUGUCAGCCCUUUGCCUGCACCAUGGAAUCCCGACUUCAGAUACCGCUUCACAGUCGCGGAUUUCUUCGAUCUACGUCAUGAUGUGCGGCUUUUCCCAGCCGAUGCUAAGCUGCUUUGGAAGCUGCCGCGCUGA